AUGAUCGCCGAGGCAUCGUCCGCGAGCGUGCCCAAGGAGCCCAUUUCCGAGGAUGUCUACGAACGCCCACAAGAUUCAAGCGAUUCCGCAUCUGGGAAUGAACUUGCCCCGGGCGAGUUCAGCGUCGAGAAUGUCGAGCGCAUUUAUAAUAAAUUAGAUUGGCGCAUCAUCCCAGCCCUCUGGGUGCUGUACUUUAUGGCUUCGGCCAUUCGCUCGAAUGUGGGUCUGGCGCAAACCAUGAACGAAGGCUCCGGCCACGACAUCGGCGAUGUUCUGCACAUGACCAGUCAUCAGAUCUCAACCGCUUUGGCUCUGUUCUACGUCGGCUAUGUGGUUUUCGAUCUACCAUCUAAUUUGGUGAUGACGCGGUUGAGUCCACACGUGUGGAUGAGUCGCAUUGUGAUCAGUGUUGGUCUGAUCGGCACCUGCAUGGUCGCUAUGAAAGCGGCUUGGAGCUUCUACCUGCUCCGGCUUCUUCUGGGCAUUGUGGAAGCUGGACUGUGGCCAGGAAUGACCUACUACUUGACGCUCUUCUACCCACCCUCUCGAAUGGGAAAGCGUAUUGGUCGGUACUUCACUGCUGCGCAAGUAUCAGCAGCCGUCGUGGGACUUGUCUCUGCUGGAUUCCAGAAAAUGGACGGAGCCCGUGGCUACGUUGGAUUUCAAUGGAUGUUCCUGGUAUGGGGUGUGAUCACUAUCGCGCUUGGAUUCGUCUUGCUUUGGUGGCUACCGGACCGUCCUGUCACACCGGGUGAGGCAGAGCCUCCUCGCGCAUGGUUCAUGAAAUGGGUUCCUCGUAGCACCCCGGCUUUGAAGGGACGUGAUGCGGUGAUUCACUACCAUGACUUGAAGCGUGUCUACCAUGCCCCCGCGUGGAAAUUCCGGGACUUGCUACAUGUGUUCAUGGACUGGCGUCUGUGGCCGCUCUUAAUCAUGUACUUUGGCGUCGUUGGAGUUGGGAUUGGUGUCCAGCUCUACGCGACUCUGAUUAUUCAGGCAAUCAACCCGUCCUUGAACGGAGUCGAUGUGAGCUUGCUCACUGCUCCUAUUUGGAUUAUGGAUUUGAUUGCUAUUCUGCUUGUAACACCUUUCUCCGACCGCUUCCAUCGCCACCGUGCUCUUUUCUUCUCCAUCCAAACUUUGCUCCAGAUCCUGGGUCUCCUUCUCACGAGCUACGCAGGCUCUGACGAAAACCCCUGGCCGCGGUACGGCGGUUUGUUGAUCGUCGGCUUCGGCCUCGGUCCUACUGUACCUAUCACGAUGACGUGGACUGCAGAGAUUUUCCAGCCCCGUCACGGCGAAGUCGGCGUGGCAGCUGCCUCUGCCGUGGUUUCAGGCUGGGGAAACCUGGGAAGUAUCAUGACAACGUAUGCUCUGUAUUCUGGAUGGGCGAGUGACGCCAAUGCCCCCGGACGGCAGAAGUACCGUAAGAGUAACCUGGUGAUGAUCGGAAUUUUGAUCGCCAGUAUUUUGGCGGCCGUCCUGAUGCAGGUCGCUCUUCACUAUACGGAUCAUCGGUACCGUCACACCGAGGAGCAAGAAGAUGCUGUUGACGGGGCUGCACGACGGGAGGCGCAACAGCGUGGCCUGCGGGGACUAGGAUUUGGGAUGGGUCAGUGGUUCGGACGUGGCAAAGCUGAUCAGGCGUGA